AUGAUGGACGGAGAAGAUGACUUUGAGGUGGAUCCGGCCAUUGCUGCGGCGAUGGGAUUCGCAGGCUUUGGCACGCAGCCGAGCAAGAAGCGGAAAUUCAACAAGGAUGACGGGUUUGUUGACCCAGAGGGAAACGCAGCGUCAACACCGCAAGGCACGAGCGCCAACAGACUGCCAUUGGGGGAGCCGAAGGCGAUGAGGACCGUCGGACAGCCUGAGAUGGCACCUGCCAUAGCGAACGACGAUGCUAGCAGCAGCCAGGCGGAGGAACAUAACGGCAACAGUGGGCCACCAAGUCUCGAGGCUCUUCGACAUGGCGUUAAGAACGAGCGUGGUGAUACGGCGUACUUCUUGCCUGGCUUCAUAGAAGAUCCGUGGGCAGGUCUCAAGGCUCAAUGA